UGAAAAUACUUUAGUUCCACCUGUAGUCGCUUUGCGUGGUUUCUCGUGUCAAAGUUGUCAUGAGUGCUAAUAAUUCUUGUACAGAUGUUCUGGUUCCUUUACGAAAUGUAUCAAACGUAGUCAAGUGUAUUCGAGACCGGGUAAAAGAUGGAGAAUCAAAUGAGUCUGCUGGGGCCUUUAACUUGUCAAACUUCUGGGAAGUGCUGAAUCAGGCAGUGAAGGCCACCUCACAAGAAGCGACCACACUUAGUCUAGCCUUUUCCAAACCCCCACUCCCUUCAGAGGAGGACUGUGCAAAGCUAGCAGAGUCCAUUCAGAAGCAUGUACUGGCACUCUCAACAAUUUAUUACUGGUUGCCAAAGAGUGAAGGUAUCACUUUGCGUAAGUUGGUCAGAGAAGCCACUGGUGAAGUUUUGGAUGGUGUAGUUCAACUGCUGGACAUCCUCCUGUCUUCUCCUUUACAGAGUUUAUCUCAGGAACAGCUAACAUCUACAGGGGGCGUCUGGGCGUCAUGUGAUCGGUUUGCUCAGCUGCCAAGAGAUAAUCGUGCUGCAGUGUUACACGUGAUGGCUUCAUAUAUUGGGAUGGUGAAAGAUGCUCUAGAGGAGAUGUACCAGGCACUAGCUGAGAGCCAGGACCCUUUCAGCGAUGUCCUGGAUGAUGACGAUCUUGAGGCCCGUGGCAACCAGGACACAUAUUGGUCUGAGAGUGACCGCCAGCUCAUCUCCAAAUGUCUGGGCCUCAUUAAGGCAUCUGGAGCGUGUCUGCGUAAAUUAUCAAUUGCUGUUCAGAAAAACGGAAAAGUAGAUACAGCUGAAAACAUUACUCAACUGGAUGAUCUUGCUGAUGCUGCGAGAGAAAUCAGCCCAAGUGUUGAUGACCUAGUUCUGAGCCUUUACCCACCUGUAGACUGCCCUGUCGUAGACCAAAAUGCAUCUAAACUGGCAGCCAUAUUAAUGAAAGCACUUCAGAUCAUCAGGUCAUGUCACAUUUGUUUGGAAGGAGACUUUCCGUGGGUGCAGUUUCUAGAGGGAGCUGUGGAUCAUAACCUGCAAGAAGUGAAAUCUCUGUCUGAAGGCUCUAGCUAGUAGCAAAAGGGAAAAACAGACCAUAGAAUAGCUUUGUGUGUUUGUGUGUGUGAUGCAUGAAAUAUUGUUUAUAUGGAAAAUUGAGAUCGUGCCAGCCAAACAUUGGUUCAACCUGAGAACAUGAAAUAAGCAUUCUGCAGUGAACAAAUAAAUGUUUUACAAUUCAUA